UUCACUCCUUAACCCAUGGCCUCUGUUCUUCGUCUCCGCAAAUUAUACUAUGUCAACCCUGUUAAGAAUUCUUCUAUGGGGAUCCAAACCAUUGAUGAUGCACAUAAAUCAGAGGAUAAACCUAAUGUUGUUGUUGCAUAUGUGAAGAAAAUGCUGCAAAAGAAGCAAGAUAAGGACAGGAAGAAGAAAAGGAACAAGAACAUCAAUAAGGGGCAAUCAAGAGAAUGGAAGUGCUUAGAUAACUGCUGUUGGAUUAUUGGAUAUAUGUGUACAUUUUGGUGGCUGAUGUUUUUCGUCUACCAUUAUUUGCCUCUUACAUUACCUGGCUUUCCAGCGAUUGACUCUCCGGGGGCUGUUUUAAAGCGAGAUGGCGUAUCAGGUCUUCACCCAGUCGUUUUAGUGCCCGGCAUUGUCACCGGCGGGCUGGAGCUCUGGGAUGGCAAGCCCUGCGCCAAGGGACUGUUUCGAAAGCGCCUGUGGGGUGGGAGUUUCACUGAAACAUUGAAAAGACCAUUAUGCUGGUUGGAGCACCUGUCUCUGGACAAUGAAACAGGGCUUGACCCACCAGGCAUUCGAAUCCGGCCAGUCGAAGGCCUUGUGGCCGCUGAUUAUUUCACCCAAGGCUACUUCGUUUGGGCUGUUCUCAUAGAAAAUCUGGCUAAAAUUGGUUAUGAUGGAAAGAACUUACAUAUGGCUGCAUAUGAUUGGAGGAUCGCCUUCCAAAACACAGAGGUUAGAGACAGGGCUCUGAGCAGAUUGAAGAGUAAAAUAGAGGUAAUGUAUGAAACAAAUGGGGGGAAUAGAGUGGUGGUGGUACCUCACUCAAUGGGGGUUCUGUACUUCCUCCACUUCAUGAAGUGGGUGGAAGCGCCGCCGCCGAUGGGAGGCGGUGGCGGCCUAGGGUGGUGUGCCAAGUAUAUUAAAGCAAUCAUGAACAUUGGCUCUACAUUUUUGGGAACUCCAAAGGCAGUCAGUAAAAUUCUUUCUGCUGAAGACAGACACAUUGCUUUGCUCAGAGCAAUGACCCCUGGUUUUCUUAAAUCUGAAAUUCUUGGAUUUCAAACCUUAGAACACAUGUUGCGGGUUUCCCGGACCUGGGAUUCAACCGCCUCCUUGUUACCGAAGGGUGGCGAGACCAUCUGGGGUGACUUAGAUUGGUCUCCUGAAGAUGUUCAGAAUUGUGAUUUGGAGAAAGCAGAUACACAUUCUUUUAGAAACGAAAAUGAUUCAAAUGACAGUGAGAUAAAGAAGGGCUUUCAAGAAAAGGAGGCAGUGCACUAUGGAAGAAUGAUCUCUUUUGGCAAAGAAGCAGCAACACGGCCUUCAUCAGAGCUGUCUACACUUUAUUCGGAGGAGCUUAUGGAUUCAGGUAGCUCCAAUGAUACAAGCUUCUCUUGUAGCGACGGAUGGACUGAAUAUGAUGAGAUGAGUAGGGAAAGUCUUCGGAAAGUCUCUGAGAAUAAAGCUUACACAGCAAAAACUGUUUUUGAUCUACUCCGAGUCGUGGCUCCAAAAAUGAUGCAGAGGAUGGAUAGUCACUUCUCUCAUGGGAUUGCUGAAGAUCUUGAUGAUCCAAAAUAUGGUCAUUACAAGUACUGGUCAAAUCCACUGGAGACAAAACUACCAGAUGCCCCAGACAUGGAGAUAUACUGCUUAUACGGAGUGGGAAUCCCCACAGAAAGAUCAUAUAUCUAUGACUCAUCUUAUGAUAAGUGCAAGAGCAUUCCAUUCAGGAUUGAUCUUUCAAUCGAUGGAGAAGGGAGUGGCUGUCUAAGAAGUGGGAUGUAUUUUGUCGAUGGCGACGACUGUGUACCAGUGGUGAGCUCUGGUUUCAUGUGUGCGAAAGGGUGGCGAAACAAAACACGAUUCAACCCAUCAGGCAGCCCAACAUACGUAAGAGAAUACAGGCACAAGGCUCCUGCUAGUCUGCUAGAAGGAAGAGGAAUUGAAAGUAGUGCUCACGUUGACAUAAUGGGCAAUGCUAAACUAAUUGAAGAUAUCUUGAGGGUUGCUGCUGGAGCCACUGGAGCAGAGAUUGGUGGUGAUAGGAUUUACUCAGAUAUAUUGACACUAUCAGAGAGAAUAAAUCUUAAGCUGUGAUUCAGUAUGAGAGCUCAG